UUCUUAGUAUGCUAUCGUCUUUGAGUGUGUUUCAUUUGCGAGUAAAAUAUUAUAAUGGCGACUAUUGUCCACGUUAAUUUAAAAGAGGCAAUGUUUUUUAUCGUGGCGGAGACCCGCCGUAAGGAGGUGUCGCGCGUUUUGUACGGGCCCCCUUUGCCGAAACGGCGUCGUGGCACCACGCUAGAGUUUGCAGCGCAUGUUUUCCGUGAGGAAUUUAUUGAAUUUAUUGAGGAUUUUGCCGAGUACCGUCGGUAUUGUCGGGCCGAGCCCAAUGACGAAUUUGGUCGGCCGCGGGGUACCGAGGGGUUCGACAUCGGGUUUAUUCGAUGGAUGUUCGAGGGGAGGUGGGGCCAGCUCCACCCGGAAGACGACUGGGAUCAUCCAGCUUGGUCCCACCCUUUAGGCGUCGCCUCCGCAUACGAUGCGGAUUAGAUUGUAUAAAGAUGUAUUUUGUUUUAUAUUUUUCUGUGAAAUAAAUCGACCCGUUUGUUUUGUA